AGUUUUGCAUAUGUAUUUUUUUACAUGCCCAUUUGCUGUUUUUAUGCUGGUAGAUUCCUGGCCGAUCACGUGUUUAUAGAUGAGUACACAAUUUCAAACUGUGAAGUAGAUGCAGAUGAUUUAAAAAGAGCUAACUUGGGAAAUGGAUCUAAAGAAAUGAAUGAAAUCAUACAUGAACAGCAAGAGCCAAACUUAGAUUUUGUAACACAAAUCAAGGCUACUGAUUCUCCUUCACAGGCAUCAGGAAGUCAAAAAGGCAAAAUGUAUUCACCAAUGGUAGAAACGAAGGCUGAUAAAUCAUCAAAAAUUAUGCCUACACCUAAACUACUGAGGAAAGCCAAAAGACAGCCUCCAGCAUCUAAUGCAGCUGCAGCUGCUCUGGUAGAACAUUCAGAACUAAAAUCGAAAUUUCUCUCAGAGGAACAUGAAUUAACAAUGAAAUUAAAAAAAGAAGAACAUGAAUCAACAUGA